UUUUGUGGAAAAUCUUCGCUUGGCGAAAAAGUCCCCGGUUAGCUGUUUUUUUUAUCCAAAUACCUUAAACAACGUAGCAAAUAAUUAUUUUCAUCCUGUUCUGGUUAGGAAAGGGUUAAAUGUAAAGCAACACUUAACUGUUAACGUCUGGGGUGAGAUGAAAUGCGAAGCGGCAGAAGCUCUUUGUGAAUUCUUGGCACCUUCCUCCAUUACUGUGCUCACCUUAAACGUGCAUGGAAAUUUGACAAGCGAAGUUUCUAGUUCCAUUGCAAGAUGUCUGGAAGAAAACAAGACACUAUCUUCCCUGUCCAUCAAUUUAUGGGGCGAGGUGACAACAGAGGGAGGUAUUGUUCCUUCCAGCCUUUCAAAAAACAGUCGCGUUCAGUUAAAUGUAUAUGACGUGCGUAUAGGCCCAGGUGAGUCGAACGAUAUUCUUGUUAUCACUACCGAUAAUUCUGCGGCAUUGAGAGUUUAUUUUACGAAAGUCAAGGAUAGAAGAAAAGAAAAAGUCAGUCUUACAAUCAAUAACGAUAGUAAUGUUACCAAGGUGUGGACACGUUGUCUAGGUGAUGCUUUGGCAGAAAAUCCAUCCCUGACCACGCUUGAUCUUACAGUCAACAGCUGCUUCGUGGAUGCAGAUUUGGGAGAAAACCUUGGGGAAAGUUUAUUGCGAAGCCCUUCUUUAACAUCUCUUAGUCUCACGUUCAACUAUAGUAACAUUAGAGAAGGAUGGGAAUGCAAACUACGUGACCGUUUGAUCAAAAUGGCAUCUUUAACCACACUCAGUCUUAAACUAAACGGCGACGGUUUGUGGAAUCAGGAGGAUUGUUUGAGUCCUGCACUCAGCCUUGACGAUGGUGAGGAGAAUCAGGAUAAUUGUUUGAGUGCGACUAAACUAAGUAACGUGCUGGCGGCAAUCAAAUCAUUAUCUACCCUUUCUGUUGCAAUCCAUCGUGAUGGCAUGUGUUCAUUUUGGGAUAAGGUUGUAGGUGACUGUUUGAUAAAAUGCACGUCACUUAAGAAACUUAGUCUCACAUUGAACUGGAUUAAAUCAGACUUUCAUUGCGGUUUUCGUGGCCUUUGUAACGGCUUGGUGACAACAAGCUCAUUAAAUACAUUAUGUAUCGCAAUGUUUAUUAACGGCCCCACUAAUAGUUAUUUUGAAAUUAUGUUGGAUAGUCUUAAUCAAGGUCUGUCAUUAAACUCGUCAGUAACUACACUGACACUAACAGUAACUUUGGCAGGGGAUGAAAAAGAUGAUAUUAUUUGGCUGACCAGUUUCGAUCAUGGACUGUCAGGGAACACGUCAAUAACUACGUUAAAUGUCACAAUAAAUGAGUGUGGUGAUGGAAAAUCGCGUAUUUCGGAGGUUUUAUGCAAGUCUAGACUGUUUGAAGGUUUGGCAAGUAACACAUCAGUUACCACAUUCAAUCUGGCACUCAACAGUAGCCGAGAAGUAAGGGAUGUCUGGUUAGCAGUCCUUUCCAACACCUUGAAGAAAAACACCGCAUUAACUACUCUAAGAUUAAAAGUGAACAACCUUUGUGCUACAGGUAAAGGUCGUCUAUAUGCCUUUAGAAAUCUUUUAAUAGAAAGCAGAUCAUUAUCCUUAAUUGAACUCGAUCUAAGU